AUGUCACCCUCUUCGUCUCCACUACCCCCAACCCCAUCGUUCUCCUCGCUCCCUCUCCAAGCCAGUGGCCCCCGCGGCAAUGCAUGGGGUCUACACGGCCCUACCGACCAGCUCGGAUGUCUCAACCGUCUCACUCCCGAAAACACCAUUGAAGCUGCCAAGGAAAUAAAAUACGGCUUUCGAAUAUCUACCGACUGGGCUUUAGACAAACCCAAAGUUCCCUGCUUUGGACGUGUACAGUUUGAACAAAAAAUCAUACAUAAAAGUCCAAGAACUGUGAAUGAUGACGUGCUGGUAUUGAAUACACAAAGUAGUAGCCAGUGGGAUGGAUUUAGACACUUUGGAUAUCAAGACGGGAAGGUUUACUUUAAUGGGUGCACCCAAGAAGAAAUCCACAAUUCAACACGAAAUGGAAUUGACGUCUGGGUAGAAAAUGGCGGCAUAGUAGGUCGUGGUGUCCUUCUUGACUACGCAUACUGGGCCGAGUCCCAAGGUCGUACUGUCAACCCUCUAACAACAAUCAAAAUACCCCUAUCUGAGAUCAAAGCUGUGGCCGAAGCUCAAAAUGUCACAUUCCGUCCAGUUGAAGCUCUGUCUUCUUCCGAAGCGGCUACCCUCGCCACCGCUUCCCAAAUGACAGCAAUAGGCCUUGAGGCCUGCCCGGAAGUACUAGAAUGGCUAUGGAGUCAUGAGUUCUCCGCUGCUGCUGGAGACCAACCCGCUCUAGAAUCUCUUCCUUUUGACCUUACAAACCAAUACUGGAUGCACGAAUGGCUCCUUGCUGGAUGGGGAAUGCCAAUUGGGGAGCUAUUUGAUUUGGAACGAUUGGGAGAGGAGUGUAGACAAUUGAAGAAGUGGACCUUCUUUUUUAGCAGUGUACCUUUAAAGGUACCGGGAGGUGUUGCGAGUCCUCCAAAUGGCGUUGCUAUCUUGUGA